GAAAAGUACAAUCAUUUAAGACAAUAUAUUGUCUAUCUAAUUGUCUGAAUAUUAUUUUUUAUAAAUAAUUUUACUUUAUAUUUUUAAGCCAAGAACUAGAGAAAUGCCUUUAAGAGCGGAUUCUUAAACAUAAAAUUAUGGGUAAAAUUCAAUUACAAAACUUUGAAAUAGUGUUGGAUGCAAAUAAGCGGACGUAUGAAUUGGGUGACAACGUUGUGGGCAAGUGUGUGAUCGCACUCGAGGGCGAACUCCACUUAUCCAUGAUAAGGAUGCAAUUGAUAGGAUUAGCAGAAGUGAAAUGGACUGAAAAUAAAGGAGGUAUACCAUCCAGUUUUGUCGGACAUCACGGAUCUGUUAACUAUUGGAUCGAAGCCGAGAUCCAGAAGCCUUUGUUCUCCUUUAACCACAAGACAAAGACCGAGUUGCAGGUGGAGGCGCCUCUUGUUUGCGAAGAUUUAAUGUUGCCAUUGAGUGUAAGUAGCGAAAAGAAAAUUGGUUUCUUAUGGCAUAAGUCUGGUGUCAUUACCGUUGAUGUCAAUAUUGACAGACGUGGCUAUUAUCCGGGCGAGUUAAUACCCGUGAACUGUAAUAUCGCCAACAAGUCGGCCAUAAGAGUGAAUCCGAGGGCGACUCUGAGACAAACGCAGACUUUCACAGCAAAAGGAAAGCAUAAGAAGAUUAAGGAAACUAAAUAUGUAAGAGUGGAGGGUUUACCUGUUGAGCCCGGACUGACUAAUGUGGAAACACUUCAGGUGCCCAUUCCUGCCAACAUUCACUUAUCUACCGAAUGUCCCAUUAUUUCGGUCGCAUAUGACUUGCAUUUGACGGUUGAAAUCCCUUCAGCACUCAAUCUACACAUAGAUCUGCCCAUAAUUGUCACUAAAGAAAGUGUUAUGAAUAACUCCAAAGUCUAUGCCACGGGUUUUGAGAUAGUAUUGGAGGGCAACAAAACCAUAUACCAAGUGGGAGACUAUGUUCACGGAAAGCUACACAUCGCGCUCAACGGACACUUGCCCCUGUCGUUGGUCAGGAUUGGCCUCACAUGUGUGGCCACCAUUAAACCAGUCGACAACUCCAUGUACCAAAAGGAAGGCCGUGUUUGUAUGGAUAAGAAUCCUUACAAACAUAUAUUCCUUGACCACACGUAUGAACUGCCGGCUCAAAAACAGGACAAAACACAUCGGUCUGGCUGUGAGAUCACAGUCGAAGCACCCGUAAGGGACAACCUUUACUUAUCCGUCAGUGGAAGCACAGAGAAAGAUUUGGGAAUCCUAUGCCUGGGCAGUGGAAAAGUGUAUUUGUCGGCAAAUUGUCGCGAUUUGUCGGGAAAAGUAAGAAAAGGAUAUUUGGCAGGUGAAUCGAUAGAAAUUCAUUGCUCUGUCGAUAACUCGUCGACAGUGAGCGUCACUCCUCGAGCAUCACUAUAUCAGAUCCAGAUCUUCAUGUCCGGCGACAAACACAAAACCAUCGAAACACUGCUCUGCGAACCCAUCUUAGGGUCGAUUAUAAGCGCCGGACAUAAGGAGGAAGAAGUGCUUCGCCUCACAAUACCCGACAACUCAGUCCUGUCGAUGAAGAGCUCUAUAAUAACUGUCAAAUACUUUAUUCACGUCACUCUUGACAUUCCCUAUACUAUUGACUUGCAUCUAAACCUACCGAUUGUGAUCACCAAUAAAUAUGCAUUAUCUUAAGAUGUUCCCAACAGUUUUAAAGGCAAUUUCGGACAAAUUCACUAUUGGAUUGAGGCUGAGAUCGAGAAGUCAUUGUUAUCGUGGAAUCACGAAACACAGACCAAGUUCUACCUGUGCUCUCCCCUCAAGGCUACCAAUAAUGCAACUCUCUUAGAGAAACACAUUUUUAAGGCAAACCAUCACCAGAAGAACAAUACAGAGAAACACAUCGCAUCCGAAGCGCCAUAUCUCGAGGCAAACAUGCAGUCGACUGGAGUGAUCCAGGUGCCCAUUCCCGCCAACACCAGACCCUCCACCAAAUGCUCACUGAUUGAAGUGAACUAUUUUGUGCAUAUUUUAAUUGAUGACAAGUCUUCGGGACUCGAAUUCAAUUUUCCUGUGAUAGUAAUGCAUACAAAUGAUUGUCUCAAUGAAUGA